AUGCCUCGAGACAAGGAGCGCUCGGUCAACCCUGCCGCUGCGCAGCGCAAAUUGGAGAAGCAGAAGAACCUCAAAAAGGGCAAGGCCGAGGCGCUAGCUCGCAAGAAUGAAAAACUGGGGCGUCGCAAUCCAGAGCGCAUCCAGCGGCAGAUAAACGACCUGAAGGAAAUGGAGCAGUCAGGACAGGGCCUACGACCACGCGAGAAGCAGAUAUUGGAAGCUCUGGAACGAGAUUUGCGGGCCGUGCAGAAAGCAAGGGAAGCCUUGGGCGAUAAGGCACCCAAAUUUGCAAGCUCGCACUACGAGCGGGGCGACGAUCACCCGCGGGACCGUAGGGACGGAGGGGUACUGGGGAAGCGGAGGCGCGAUGGUCAUGGACGCUUCGGAGAGCAAGGUAGUGAUAGCAGUGAGACUGAUGAGGAGGUGCGGAGGAUACCGAUGCCUCGAGAUACCCCUCCACCCAUCCCGCGCGAGUACCAGAGGAGGAAAGAAGCAGGCUCAGGUGCCGAAGGUGGUCGGGGCCCACAUCCCCUUCCGGCGAAGCCUUCAGAGACAGAAUCGAGAGCAGUCUAUGAGGCCAAGCCCGAAAUUCGCGACCUACGGAAGGAAGCCGUGAACAAAUUCAUCCCAGCCGCAGUCCGAGUGAAACACGACUCAAUACGAGGACAGGGAAAGCUAUUGGAACCGGAAGAACUCGAUCGACUAGAAAAGGCAGGGUACAACGCCGGACCUACGGAGACGGCACCGACUGCCGAGGAACAGGAAAAGCUCCUCGAAGAAGAGAAACGCUUCAACCAAGAGCUCAAAUCUGUCCAAAUUGAGGAAGUCGAGGACGAGGAAGCAUAA